AUGGAAGCCUCUCAGAAGAGAAACACAAGUGUUCAUACUAUUCAAAUUAGGAUGAAUCUUCGUAAAAUACUCGACUUUGUUAAAGUUAUUGUAUUCCAUUAUUGGUCAUUUGAAUUGACAGCUAAACUUUUACCAUUAAAAGCAAGACGUACGAAGUUAACUGCGCGUCGUGAACGAGCUUUGGCGAUUAAAGGAAUUAAUGAUAACUUUAGAAAAAUGAGAAAAGUUUUAUUAUUGACAAGAGUUAUUCGUACAUUUAUACAAAGGGAUAGUAAGGAUGAAGAUUUUUCUGAGAAAUAA